GGUCGCAGUCUUUACCACGGCACCAUCUCCUCGCUGGUGCCCUACCUCCGCCAGUUCGGCCUUCAUUGCCCUCCGUAUCACAACCCAGCCGACUACGCGAUGGAAGUAGCGGUUGGAUUCCACGGUAGAGAAGCGAUCAACGUGUUAUUCGAUGCAGCCAAUGUGGAAACCGCGACUCCUCGCAAGCAGGAGGAACCCGAUCAAGCAUUCUUGAGUCCCAACAGCAAGUCUUCGCUUUCUACUGCCUCGUCUGGUGUAUGGAGAAAAAUCAAGGUUAUGUUGGACACAAGGCCGAAGGCGACCGAGGACGCAGUGGCGGAGUACGCCGUGUCAUUCGCGAGCCAGGUGGAGUGCCUGUUCCUGCGAUGUCUCAAGACGACGACCAGGGACUUGUGGCUCCUGUACUUCCGGGGCGGAGCACACAUCUUCGUCGGUCUCUUCAUGGGGGUCUUCUUCUUCGACAUGGGCGAGGACGCCACGCGGGUGUUCCACAACGUCGGCUCCGUCUUCUUCACCAUCCUCUUCCUCAUCUUCGCCUCCAUGCUCCCCACCACCGUGACGUAUCCAUUGGAAAUCCAUGUGCUGCUGAAAGAGAUUCUCAAUAAGUGGUACUCCCUCAAGGCAUACUACUUGGCCAAGACCCUGUCGGAUAUCCCUUUCUCCCUUAUUUAUAGCUUGAUAUACCUGGCGUUGUGGUACUUCAUGAGUUCGCAGCCGAUGGACGCCCAUAGAUUCCUCCGGUUUCUUGCCCUGAGCGCAUUCGUUUCCAUUAUUUGCCAGUCUCUGGGGCUCAUGAUCGGCACUGUCUUCCCCAUCCAGACUGCCGUGUUCGUGGGUCCCGUGGUCGCAGCGCCCUUCCUCAUAUUCUCGGGGUUCUUCCUGAGCGUGAAGGCCAUCCCUCAGUACAUGCGCUGGGUCUCCCACAUUUCCUUCCUAAAGUAUUACUUCGAGGGAACGAUGUUCUGCAUCUACGGCUACAACCGAUCUGACCUCCUGUGCAAUCAGCCCUUCUGUCAGUUCAAGAAUCCCGACAUGUUCUUGAGGGAGUUGGACCUGGAGGAGAACGUGUACUGGCUCGACUUCUGGGUUCUCGUUCUUUACAACGUCGUCUUGAGAGUUGUGGCGUACUAUGUGAUUCGGUGGAAGCUUCAUCACUCUCAGUGAUGCCGGGUAUCCCCAUCGAAAGUCUUUCAUGUUUAUAUUGUCAAGUUUUCCAACUGUUGGUGUAAGGAGUUUGAGGACCAGGGAAGAUCUCUGGAGACAGAACGGGCAUGUAUGUACCUGGCUUCAAUUUAUGGGAUCCAAAGGAUCACCAUUCCGAAUUUUUAUUCAUGGAAUGGAGGUUGAGUAAAGUUUUUAGAAGACAAAUUUGAAGC